AACCCCAAAAUGAAAACGUAACAACAUCUAUGAGAAAUUUAAAAAUGCAGAUAAUAUGAAAAAUUAUGUAUAUCUAAGUUUCAUUUUUUAAAUUAUAUUUAUAAAAAUAUGAAUUUGCAUAAGUAUCUAUAGUCUAGUGAUAAUUAUAUGAUAAUACCAAUACUGUUCUAUUGGGAAUUAUUUCAGAACGCGAGUUUUACCAAAUGAAACAGUGAGUGUUCACAUAACAAACAAAGUCGAUUGUUAAAUUAACUAUUCCUCGUGGUAGUUGACUAUAUACUGCAGAAUUAUUUUGAGUGAACAUUUGUAAUAUCUUUAUGUAAAACCGAGAGAAAAGAAUUAUGGUCUCGGUGAUGCAACCAUUCAUGGAUGUUGAGAGUUCGAGAAGUUACAUCGAUGAAUUAUACUCGUUGGAUCCUCAAAAAUGCUUAGAAGCUAUUAUAUGCCUAAAAAAUUCUGUAAUUGGAAGUAAUAGACAAAAAGGAUCUGUAAUAGCACAAGGUGUAGUACCUCGUUUAUUGCAACUUCUUGGAGAUACAUCAGAUAGAAUUGGAGAUAAUAUAAGGCUAGAGGCUGCAGUAACUUUGGGUUCUUUAGCUAAAGGAACUGAUCAACAUGUGCUAGCACUUAUAGAUCUCGGUGUAGUGCCGUUGCUUUUUCAGGUUAUAUUAUCUACACCUAUCACAGAAACGCCAUUAGAAGGAAAGCCAAAAAUAACAGAUUUAUUAAACGAGGCAUGUUUACGUUGUUUGAGAACAGUAUUUCAACAUCCAUCAGCACCGGUUCAUUCAAUAUAUCAGGAUCCUGCACUAGUGCCAAGAUUGGUAUCGUUAGCAAAUCAAUCAGUCACUUGUCAAAUUUGUGUAGCAACAAUUUUAACAACAGCAUGCAAGACAACAGAAGAGCAAAGUGCUUUAGCCAAAGGUGGUGCGGUAGAAACAUUAGCAAUGCAGUUGGAUUCUCCAUUACCUGAUGUUCAAUCAUCAGCUCUAGCAUGCUUGGCAAAUAUGUGUUAUAAGAAUUAUGGGGUAUGUGUCACAGUUGCAUCGGCAACUACCAGUAACACACCACAGGGUAGGCUUGUACCUGUAGCAUUAGGACAAUUAAUGGGCCGUGAGAAAAGCUCCUUAAUUCAACUUGAAGCUGCAAGGUGUGUUACAUAUAUGCAUAGAACUGGAGUUCUAGUACACAAAGAUCCUAGAAUUAUAUACCGUGCUUUACCUUGUUUGGUACGACUUUGUCAUCGAGAUCAUCCGCCUCGUGAAAGAGUAGCGGCGGCUGAAACUUUGGCUUUCCUUACCGAAGUUAAUACCGAAUUGCAACGUCUAGCUUCCAUUAGUAAUCAUUUAAUUCCUACUCUUGCAGAAUUAUUACGAUGUCAUCCACAUGUAAGUAUAUUAUACAUUAUAGAUUUACAUAUCUAUUUUGUAUGUUUACUAUUGUUAAUAUUUCAUGUUAAUGAAUUGUACAAGUGCAAGAUUGUACUUGCAAUGGCGCAGCUACAGGAUGCAACAUUAACACAAGAUAUGCGACAAGCUGCAUUCAGGGCAUUCGCAUCCCUUGGUGCUAAUGAUGAAGAUAUUAGGAAACGUAUCAUCGAGACAGAAAGCCUUAUGGAACAAGUAGUGGCAGGACUUCAGGAUCCAGGAGGUUCUCACGUACGUUUAGCAGCAGUUAGAUGUCUUCAUUCUCUUUCUAGAAGUGUUCAGCAACUCCGAACAACGUUUCAAGAUCAUGCUGUUUGGAGGCCCCUUAUGCAAUUGUUACAUGGUGCAGAUAAGGGAUUGGAGGGUAGAGGCGAAAGUGAAGUUGACUUAUUAACUGUUGCCUCGAGUACUUUAUGUAACUUAUUGUUGGAAUUUAGUCCAAGCAAAGAACCAAUUCUUGAAUCUGGAGGAAUAGAGUUAUUGUGCUCGCUUACAAAACGAUGUACACCGGCAUUGCGAUUGAAUGGAAUUUGGGCAUUGAUGAACGUGGCUUUCCAAGCCGAACAGCAAGUAAAAUUACAAAUUUUACAAUGUCUGGGAACAGAUCAAAUCUUUUGUCUUCUGGCAGAUCAAGAUAUACCAGUUUUGAUGAAAACAUUAGGUUUAUUACGAAACUUGCUCUCUACAAAAGCACACAUAGAUCGUAUAAUGGGAGAACACGCUGCUCACGUUAUGCAAGCUGUUAUAUUAGUUUUAGAAGACCCAAGGCAUCCAGCAGACGUAAAGGAGCAGGCUCUCUGUAUUUUAGCGAAUGUAGCUGAUGGAAAUCGAGCAAAAGAUCAUAUUAUGGCUAACGAAGAUGUGCUUAAAAAACUUAUGGAUUAUAUGAUGCAUAGCAAUGUAAAACUGCAAAUUGCUGCAGUUUUUUGUGUGUGCAACCUAGUCUGGAGGGAAGAACCUGGUGCUGCACAACGGCAAGCACGUUUAAAAGAACUGGGCUUUUAUCGUAUUUUACAACAAUUACGUCAUAGCAAGGAUCUCCAAUUGUUUGAUAAGGUCAGAACGGCUAUGGCACAAUUUUAUGAUGCCUAAAUUCCGGAUGUGUUAUUGAUGAAAGUUAGAUUUUGAUUUAGAGUUCUUUUAUAUGCGAAAUACAAUUAUAUUUUGGUGUUAACACUGUGAUUCUGUAUUUCGUUGAUGCAUAAGCAUUUUAUAUUUAUAUAGAAAAGAUACAAAAACAAUAUCCCUGACGAUGUAAUCUGUU